AUGGCGGCGAGGAUGGUGGCGGCUUUGGUGUGUAUGGUGGUGAUGCUACGGCUGAGUGAAGCGGCGGUGUACAAAGUCGGCGACUCAGCUGGCUGGACAACCAUAGCCAACGUAGACUACAAGCAAUGGGCCUCUACCAAAACUUUCCACAUUGGUGAUACUGUCUUGUUUGAAUACAACCCACAAUUCCACAACGUAAUGAGAGUGACGCACACAAUGUACAAAAACUGCAACAGCUCAAAACCAAUCUCCACAUUCACCACCGGAAACGACACAAUCACACUCACCAACCACGGCCACCAUUUCUUCUUCUGUGGCGUUCCAGGCCAUUGCCUCGCCGGUCAGAAGCUUGACAUCCACGUGCUCCACCCCGCCUCCUCCACACCACUCACUGAGCAACCAAGUUCCUCUCCUCCUCCGUCGACUACUACUAUUCCUUCAGCCGGAGUCCCCGGUCCUUCUCCUAGCCUCGCCACUUCUCUCCCGAGUGUGGUGGCGGCUGGAGUCGCAGCCGUGGUGGCUCUCCUUGUCUCUUUGGCCUUUGCAGAUUUUGCUUCUUAA